UCCUCAACUCUCUCAUUCUAAACACCUAAAAAUUCUUCCAAAGAAAUAUUCACAUCCCACAAAAAUUCUUCAAGCUUUCAUCCAUGGCGAUGAACUCGUCGAUCAACGAGAAAAACAUCGAGGAGGAGGAGGAGAGCGGAUGGACCAAGUAUUUGGAGGACUUCUCUUGCAACAACGACACCUUCAUAAGUAGCUCUUCUAUGGUCUCGGACGCAGCGUGGAAUGGCUCCUCCGAUACAAUCAAAAAGCUGAAUUUGAAGAAGUUGAACCGAAGAAGGAAAUACACGUAUGAAUACGACGAUGCUUUAGAGGAUACGGCUAGCUCUCCCGUUCAUAGCCCUAAGGUUAGCACGAUGAUGAAGCAUAUGGAGGUCAACCACAGAAAGAUGGAUGAUGUUGCUUCCUGCGAUUUCAUGGGUCAGCAGUCAAAUUCAAAGAAUUUCUUGAAACCUGAAAGAGAAGAGAGAAAUACGAAGAAUAUUGUUAUUGACAACGAAACUAGCGAUCAAUAUAUGGAGCUAAGGAAGAGAGGAUUAUGUUUAGUGCCAAUGUCAGCUUUGAUGAAUUAUAUUGGUUAAUUACUAUAGUUUCUGUAUCGAUCUUUUCACACACUUUAAUGUCAAAAUUAGUAACAUACUACUAGUAUA